ACCAACCAAGGACUCCACCAAGACCAUCACCAGCAUCAGCAUAUCCUCAGCUCAGCGGCAUUUCCUUCACCAAUUACCGCAACCACCUCAGUCCUUUCUGAUCGGCGAUCCUCCUCGCACGCUUGCCAGUCGUCGUCGUCACUCAAAAGUCGCAACCAGGGUCACCUCGCCACUGCCACAUCUUCCACUCCGACACCGCCACUCUUGACACCCCAGACCACGCCCCUGUUCGACGCUUAGAUGUCAGCCUUUCAGAGCAAUGCUCUACGGACAGGCAGAUUCGUGCCAACGUCCAGAGGCAUCAUGUCACAGCGAAUGCCCCACUUUGCGGCACUCGGGCUGCUCAACCCUUUUGAGCGGGCUACCCUAGUCCGCAUGGCUAGCACCGCUGCAUUCACUCAGCCAGCCGCAACAACGUCCUCUCCCGCCUCCCGUAGGCUCGUUGCAGCUCGUCGAUCUGCAUGGAAUGGCACCGGCACCUCAUACAUCUCUCUGCAACAGCUUCGCAUGCAGUCGACCGAGACGCAGCAGCACUCGAGCGGCUCAAGCGCACCACCCCCUCCUCCACCUUCAUCGUCUUCCAACUCGAAGGGGUCAUCCUCUUCCCCCGCUGCAAAGGCGAGCAAGUCAGGCCCCGUCUAUCAAGCUGCAGGACCACCAAAGAGCGCCUCGCCGCCCACUUCCGACAUCUCCAGGGUCAACCCCGUCUCGUCCUUGACCGCCGCUGAGCGAGGGUCAGCUGACCAUCAAGCCGUCGUCGCAGCCUCUGAGCUUGCUGAGAAGCAGGCCAUCGAGAAGGCAGAAAAGGACGAGGCGGAACGCGAGAGGAGGGAAAUGGGCACAGUCAAGAGGGUGUGGUUGAAGGUCAAGGAGGAAGCACAGCAUUACUGGCAUGGUACCAAGCUCCUCGGCAAAGAGAUGAAGAUCAGCGGCAGGCUGUUGCGCAGGCUGCUCAUGGGCUACAGCUUGACCAGGCGAGAGCAGCGUCAGCUCAAGAGGACUACAGCCGAUCUCUUGCGUCUCAUCCCUUUCGCUCCGUUCAUCAUCAUUCCCUUUGGUGAACUGCUACUACCAGUGGCCAUCAAGAUCUUCCCAAACAUGCUCCCUUCCACAUUCGAAUCCAAAUUCGCCGUCGAAGAGAAGCGGCGUGGUCUGAUCAAGGUCCGGCUGGAAAUGGCAAAGUUCUUGCAGGGUACCAUUCGCGAAGGAGGUAUCCAGGCGACGGACAAGGUCAAGACCAGUGACGAGUUCAAGGAGUUCUUCCGCAAGGUCCGCGCUACCGGAGAGCAGCCCUCAAGCGAGGACAUCAUCAAAGUCGCCAAGCUCUUCGACGACGAUCUUACCUUGGACAAUCUGACUCGACCUCAGCUGGUGUCCAUGUGUCGGUACAUGCAGAUCAAUGCCUUUGGUACAGACAACUACCUCCGGUAUCAAGUUCGUCACAAGCUGAACCGCAUCAAGAGGGACGACAUGAUCAUCAAGCAUGAAGGUCUGAGUCAUCUCAGUCUUCACGAGCUGCAAAGCGCUUGUCAAAGCCGAGGGAUUCAGACGCUGAACCUCGCCGAAGACCAAUUGAGGAGUGAACUCCGUCAAUGGAUCGAGUUGCAUAGCCAGCAACGCAUCUCCGGCACGCUGCUGAUCCUCAGCAAAGCCUUCAACUAUAUGCCAAGUGGCGACGAGAACGCUUCGACGCAGCUAAAGAGCCUGGAGCUUACUCUCAGCUCGCUGCCUGACAACCUGAUCAGCGAAGCCGAGCUGAAUGUCAGCAAGGACUCUGCCACCAACAAGCAGCGUCUGGACGUCUUGCAGCAGCAGGAAGAGCUCAUCGAAGACGAGGCCGAGCAGGAAGCUGCGGAAGAGGAGGCCAGGAAGGUCGACAAGAAGAGGCGAGACGCUGAGAAGGUCCGUAUGGCAAAGGAAGAGGAAGAAGCCAAGGCUCUCUUGCCCAAGCGAGAGAUUGAGCAGGAGGAGGAGAGCAGCGAGGGAGCGACCGAGGACGAGCUGAAGAUGACCAAUGAGCAAUUGACCGAGCUGGGUGAGGCAUUGAGCUUGCUCAGCGCCAAGUCCAGUGUUCUCAAGGAGAGGGAGGAACUGGCGCAGCUAAUCAAGGAGGUCUCUGGCGUGCCUGAAGAGCAAAUCGACUCGUCUUCCAUCAGCGAACCUACGGCGGAGCAGGCGGCCUCUUCGGCUUCCAAGGACAAGAAGUCGCCCUCUGCCGCCGAAAAGGGCGAGGACGAGUCGAGCGCGGCCGCGUCGGAGGAAGCGGCAGCCGCCACUGGACAGAGUGCUGCCUCUCGCUCCUUGGCGAAGCGGGUGAAGUCUAUGCUGCAGAAGAUUGACGAGCAGCUGGAAGAGUAUGAAAAGGAAGUGGGCUCGAAGAUGCACAUCAUCGAGGCCAGUCCUACGGGCAAGAUCAGUGUCGACGACCUCGGACAGGCGCUGAGGUUGAUCAAGCACCGGCCUUCGGAGGAUGUGCUGGAGCGACUGGUCGACUCCAUGGACACGGACAAGGAUGGUCUGAUUCCUCUGCAAGAAGUCGUUGCCCUGGCUCAGGAAGAGUCGGGACUAGGUAUCGUGAGGGAGGAUUCGAUCAAGGACAUUACUGGCCAGGGCAGAAAAUUGGGCAAGGAAGCGAGAGGCGAGCCUCCCUCCUCGAGCGGGACUAAGGACGAGUCAAGUGGCAGUAGUUCGGGAAGCAAGGAGAGCAAGCGUAGCGAAAAGGAAAAGGCACUGAGGAGGGAAGACAUUGUCAAGGACAACUAAACGGGGUAGCCGGGACAUUAGCACCACCACCACCACCACCACUAUGUACAUAUACACCACUUUGGGAGAGAACAGCAUCACUACAUUUCAACGAGGGAGGCGCAAGUCACCUCUGCAAACUUGGUCUCGAUUGACUCAAUUCACUCCCUUUUAACUUGACGGUGGCC